AUGUUCGCGCUCCGUGGCGGCCUGACGCGCGCUGCGGCCGGCGCGCAGCCUUCGCAGCAGCUGCGCACGUUCGCUUCCGGCCAGAAGAAGCGCCUGACGUGGCGCCAGAAGGCCAAGAUCGAGGAGCGCAAGCGCAACCCGCCGCCGCCGCGCCAGCAGCCGCGCCAGCGCGCCCAGCGCCAGAACUUCCUCGUGUCGCCGCCCGUGGACGAUGGCAAGAAGUGGCGCGUGCUCAGCGCCGGCGUGUUGGAGCGCCUGCCCGUUGUGCAGCCCGACCUGAAGGACUGGGAGAUGGACUUCGAGGUCAUGCAGCACGAGAAGGCCCUGCGCGAGGACCAGAGAUUAGAGGACGACUUCUGGUUCAUGGAGCCCGGCACCAGGCACAUCACGCCCGAAGAGGCGCCGUGGCCCAACGCUGAGGAGGACCCGGAGGAGAUCGUGGGCGCCGGCUUCCACCUGGCCCCGCGCGAGACGGAGGAUGACGCUGCUAACAACCGCAAGUCGCUCAACCGCGCGCUCAAGGGCCGCGUGUUCCUGCUGGUCAAGAGCAAGGACCAGGACGCCAAGUACCCGUGGUUCUUCCCGCUGGGCGAGAAGCAGGACGCCGAGAAGAUGCGCGACGCUGCGCUCCGACACGUGACUGAAACCGUGGGCGACGAGGUGGAUGCCACGCCCGUGGGUUUCGCCCCCAUGGGCUACCUCCAGUACCUGCACGAGAACGACUCCGAGUAUGACGGCACCAAAGUGUUCUUCUACAAGUCGCAGCUGCUGUACGGAGACGUGGAACUGAACCAGGACAAGGCUAGCGACUACCUGUGGGUGACCCGGGACGAACUGUCGGAGUACCUCGACCCCGAGGUCACCGACUACGUCCAGAAGAUGGUGCCGCCGUAA